CGCAAACCACCUCAUACAUGAUGUGCUUGCAAACAUGGGAAUAAUCGAUCUUCUCCAAUCCUCUUCGUUUUAUCCGAUACAGUAUGUACUAGUGCUUAACUUUCCCUUACUCGAACUCUGUCUACGGUCUUUUGAUCAUAAAUUGAAAAACCCUUGAAUUCAUAACAAAACGAAACUAGUUACCAUGAACAGACUUGCUGCCCGCACCCUCAUCCUCUCGAUGCUUUUUGCAUCGAACGAUGCCUUCUCGCCAGUGCGAUCAAGUCAGAGACAAUCAAUUGCGUUGUUCGAUACUACCAGUACACCAACCGUAGAGGCACCAACAGAAGAGGCGAGUGUACCAGAUGUCGAUUCCUCGACAGCUCCUGCGUUGGAGAAGAAGAAAAAGGUCAACAAGAACGCCGAAGGUAUUUUUGCCCCAGCUGUCCUUCUGACAAAGGACAUUGUUGGAGAAACCGAACUCAACAAGCUGAGAGCCAAGAUUAUCGGUUUGCAUUCCGACGUGAUUGGAAAAUUCACAGAAACAGCUCAGUCCGAAUUCGGAAAUCAAGUGCUGAAGGUCCUGUUCACUCUUGCGGACAAGAACGGAGAUGGCACGAUUGACGAAGAAGAACUCGCAGAGGCCUUGCAAUCAUUGGGAUUUGAUUUCCUGAAGGAGAAGCAAAUCGCCGGUAUUUUUGCGCGUGCUGAUGCUGACAAGAACGGGCAACUCGAUUUCGAAGAAUGGCAAAAAGCGGCUCCCAAAACACUCAAAACCUCUUUGAUCAAACUUGCGAAGAAGAAUGGUCAUGAUUUGGGAUUUUUGGCUUAGGGCAAGACAUGAAACAACAUGUAUCCACCCAAGCAAUAGAUAGAAUCGAACCCAUAACAAUAGUGUACAAUAAAUAAUAGGGAAAGUA